AUGAGAAGUGACAGUGACGACAGUACAGAGACUGAAUCGCAAGAAUAUUUGGCUCGUCGUAUCAAUUCUGACUAUAGAGACGACGCGUUGGAAAAAGUUGAAAACACUCACAGUCGUAAACAUUAUGCUACAGGUGUCGAUACCGACGAUAACGACGAAAACCAAGGUGCAAUAAUGGAAUUAAGAGACGAGAUUUCUCAACCGCAGCAAAACCCAGAACCACUUGGUGCUCCCAAUCUUUUCAACUUACCCAAUCUAUCAGAAAAUAAACGGAAGGAUAUUCACUUGUUAGAAGGUGAUAUUGCGAUGUCUCGUGGUCGCAAUGCCUUCCAAUUAUCAGGCAAAUGGUCGGGUGGUAUUGUUCCAUACGAGUUUUCCUCUGGCUAUACGACGGUGCAACAGAACACUAUCAAAGCAGCCAUGGCAACAAUCAGUUCGGCUACAAACAACUGUAUCAAAUUUGUUCCCCGUGGUAGCAAUCCCGUCUGGCUGCGCAUCUAUCCCGGCCAAGGAACAAAAGACAGCGGAGCUCAAGAUGUAUCAUUACAACAGCCAGGAUGUGUUUAUGAGUACGUGGCUAUUCAUGAGUUUUUGCAUGCCUUAGGAUUUGCUCACGAGCAAACACGACCUGAUCGUGAUAAAUACGUCACAGUCUAUCCAGAAAACAUAAUAACAGGUGUCAAUGGAGGAUUUUCAUGUGGCACGGAUGGCUUAUUCGCCAAUCCGUUUGAUGCAAGCUCGUAUUUUCAAUGUAAAUCCGGUAUGGCAACUUUGACGCCUUGUUCAGAUGGACGUGUUUGGAAUCAAGAUAAACAGUUUUGCCAUUGGAAACCAGCUAAAGUGAAUAAACAACGUUAUCUGAUUGUAGCUGGUGGUGAUACACAGACAGGUAAAUGCUUGGAUAUUGCCGGUGGUAAAUCCGAACUUCAUGCUCAAAUCCAAUUGUUCCGUUGUCAUGGAAAUGAAAAUCAACAAUUUGAAUUGAACAAUGAUAAUACUCUUCGUGUGAUGGGCAAAUGUUUGGAUAUUCCCGAUUCGAAUGCACGUGAUCAUCAAUACAUACAAUUAUUUACUUGUCGUCCAGAACAACAAAAUCAACAAUAUUCCUUUGAUCAACAGGAUCGUAUCCACGUGAUGGGCAAAUGUUUAGAUGUGCCAAAUGGUAAUGUGGUCAAUAAUAAUCCAUUGCAAUUAUUUCGAUGUCACAAUCAACAAAGUCAACGUUUUACAUUGAUACCAGUUUCAUAA